CAGGCACCGGCCACUGGCGGGGAACACGGCGCGAUGUCCCUUCGCUGCCAGCAGAGCCCGGUGCUGGCGGGCAGCGCCACUUUGGCUGUCCUAGGUGUACUGUUACUGUACUUUGGGGAGCCCUCCGGCUACGGGAAGUACACAGGGAGCCUGAUGCCUACGGAUACCCGCCUGCCCGCCCGCGCCGCCUGGUUCCUGCAGGAGCUGCCCUCCUUCGUGGUACCGGCGGGGAUCCUCGUCGGGCAGCCGCGCGCUCUCUUUGGCCCGCCUGCGACUGCCCUUCUGGGCCUCUUCUGCGCUCAUUACUUCCACAGGACAUUUGUUUACUCAUUCCUCACUAGAGGGAGACCUUUUCCAGUUGUGUUACUUUUCAGAGGCUUUUUCUUCUGCAUGGGAAAUGGACUCCUGCAAGGCUACUAUCUGGCUUACUGUGCUGAAUACCCUGCUGAGUGGUACAAAGACAUACGAUUUAGCUUGGGUGUCUUCUUAUUUAUUUUGGGAAUGGGAAUCAACAUUCAUAGUGACUAUAUACUGCGCCAGCUCAGGAAGCCUGGAGAAAUCACCUAUAAGAUUCCACAAGGUGGCUUGUUCACGUACAUUUCCGGAGCCAAUUUCCUGGGUGAAAUCAUCGAAUGGAUCGGCUUUGCCCUGGCCACUUGGUCCCUCCCAGCACUUGCAUUUGCAUUUUUCUCACUUUGUUUCCUUGGGCUGAGAGCUUUUCACCACCAUAGGUUCUACCUCAAGAUCUUUGAGGACUACCCCAAAUCUCGGAAGGCCCUCAUUCCAUUCAUUUUUUAAAGAAACCAAAUAAAAAAGGAACAAAGCUCUCACAAUACUGUUAAAAUCAUCAAGCUGCUUAAUCUGUAACUUUUAAAGUUCCAACAUAUAAGUAUAUAUAAUAGUAGGCUUCUUGUAGUCUGACAGCUGGCCUGAGGAGUCUGCCUGGUACUCACCUCAUGUGUAUUCUUGCCUUUCCAGGGGCUCUACCCUGAUCUCCUAUUGUAGCUUCUGUAGGCCCUGAGUUAUUCUUCCUCGAAAGUGCAAAGCUUCCCUAUGUAUUUUCUGUGUGUGUGACCCAAGCACAUGUGUCUUUUUAUACGUGCUCUAUAUCAAUGUAAGAUAGCCCCGUAGUCAAGGAAGUUUCGGGUAGAGGGUAAUGUUUAUAGACUUCAUUAAAGAUACAUAUUUUAUACCUAUACAGAUUAGUAGAGAUUUCAAUUCUGAAGCUGCACAGCCACACAAAAAAAUCGACUGCCAAAUAAAAACCCGGUCACAUCUUUUGUUUCCUUGGUUAAUUAUGAGAGAUGUGAAAUGCUUAGGUAGACUUUUAACAGAGUCCUCUCUUCAUAUUGCUGAAAAUGUAACCAUCCAUGGACACUCUUUUCAAACUCGCCCGUUGUCUUAGUGCCUCUAUCUUUCUGACGUUUUCAUAAUCCCUGUUAGAGAUAACAUAGCCUAACCCAGUAAACUAAUGUGGGUUUUAUUGAAAGUCAGGUUUUAAUGACCACUGAGAAAAAGACAUGACAGCGGAUAGCUACUGAGAGAAUAAAGAAGUGUUUUAGAGUAGCUGCUGCAAACUCUCAUGUCCUUGGAAACCGGUGGAAAUAUCCAAAUAAUGAGCGCAUGUCAAAUAAGAUUUCUGAGUAAGCUCAGAUGCCGCUUGCCGCAACAGUGACAGUGAAGCGUAUCAGAAGCACCCAGCAACUUUUCUCCUCUGGAUUCCUUCAUCGCAGUCCUCAGGAUAUGAUCAAGAAGGUGUAUCUUGGACAUCAGUCUUCAAAGGUCCCAAGGGCAGAGGCUGAAAGCUUCAACCGGAGGCAGGAAUCUGGGCAGGAAACUUCUUUUCUUUGGCUCAGACAGUGUUUCACACAGAGUUUGAUUUGCCUUUAGUUACAUUCAAAGUUUCUAAAACUUAAAAAUGAGAUUUCUACGUUGUAGUUCCCUUAAAAUAAUUGCAGGAUCUGGGUCCACGGAGCUUGCCAAGAAUUGAAACUGAUCAGCUAGUUCACAUUAGAAUUUGCAACCCCAGUGGAGGGAUCAACCUAGUUAGCAUGAGUGCUGAGACACUGGGGUCUGAAGGAAGGGGCUGAAAACUCAUAAUGAGAGUGGAUGAGACAUUUGUCUCCUCUGGCCUAGGUUUGUCGUAAGCAUUGGACUAUUUAUCAAACUCUUGAGAAAUGAAUACGAAUUUUAUCAGCUGUGGUGCUAAGUACAGAAAUUCACUAUAUAAGACACAUAGGACACUCAAAAGAUCUGAGAAUGAUGUAGAUUACUGAAAAACAAGUUAUAAUAAUAUAAAUAAGUGUUUUUGCUGUUCAUUAAAUGCUUCUUAAAUCAUGGACAUUAAGUAAUUUUGUUUGCAUUAAAAGACCCCUUGUCCCAUGAAAAUUUUUAUAAGGCAUUGAGCUGUGUGUUUUUUUUCCCUUUUUUCUUCUUCUUCUUUUCUUUUUUUUAGUGUUGCUUCUUCUCUCUUCAUUUUGCCAACUUGAAAUUAGAGACUUUGAGCUGAAAAUAAAAAAGAAGAAUGACUUACAGAGCUUCUCCACCUCAGUUCAGAGGCCCAAGG